UUGACGUUAUGCUAUUCCACGCAUGCGCACCGGUGCUAUACUGCAGGGAAGAAUUCCGCAGCUGUCAGGAGCCGUGGAAUGUGAGUCGGUCACUUCAGAAAUGACUUGUUAGUCUAGUCUUAACUCAGCGUGUUUGAGUAGAGUUAAGGCUUCUGUGUUCUCUCCGCGUAGCUCCACAGCUCCUGAAGUAAUGGUGUGGAAGGACUGUGUUUAACCCCUUCAGGACAUUCCUUAAGUUACGUUACUCGGUAGCUUGUCGCCAUGGCCUCUCUAACCGUCAGCUCAGCGGCUCGGAACACUGAAAAGCAUCGCAAGUCCUUCUCGCUGCUCUUCUACCGGGCAGUGCGGGACCUGAAGCCGGUGUGGAUGCUGGAAGACAUGCGGACGAUGGAGACUUUUUACCAAGAGGAUAACGCCAGCCAUAGGAUUUACACCCCGUCAGAAGCGUUGCUCUACGCUAUAGUUCACGAUCAUCAGGCGUAUGCCCAGUACCUCCUCAGCCGGUACUCUGACGAAGCGUUAGCAAAGCCGGGAGAGCGCUUCUGCUGCUGCCCCUCCUCCGCCCCGCACCUGGCCAUGGCUGUCCGCUACGACAGGCGCUGCAUUCUCAGCCUCAUCCUACAGGAAACUCACCGGGUACCCAGCACGCCCCCCUACACGGACAGAGCCGGGUGUUUUCACAUGGAGGACGGCAGGACCCCUUUACAUCUGGCCUGCGAGCUCCUGCGACCCGAAGCGGUCAUCCUGCUGCUGGGGAACGGAGCGUCACCGCACACCCAGGACCACAACGGCUUGACCCCGCUGGAUGUCACUCUGGAGAAACUCAGGGACUCCAAGCAGCUGAACGGCGUGGAAAGGAGGCAGUGUCUGGACAUCCUACUCAUGUUCAUGCCAAAGGUUCACUUUAAAAUGAAAGGAGCUCUGGGCAAAGAGCCGGAGCGCUGGAGCGAGGUGCUGGGAGAGGACACGUACAAGUACUUGGCAGGAAGUAGUCCAGGCCCGCUGGUCCUUAUUGCUAUGCAGACUAUUCUGAUGCAGCUGAGCCCCGCGACCUUCCCCGACAGCUUGCAUGAGCUGCCCAUCCCCUCGUCCCUCAAACCGCCGGGUCUGCCUGUAGCCCAGCGGGACAGGCAGAGGCUAAUGUAGCAUCAGCGUGACGUGCUGCAUGCUCCACUGUGUGAAAACUCUUCUUGUUUAGCAUGGUGUGUGUGUGUGUGUGUUUGAUAGGAUUGUAUGCCUAUAAAGCAGUAACACUUCAUUAUAGGGCUGCACAAAUAAACACUAGUCAGGGAACAAAAGAGUCUUAUCUUAACAUGUGGCUGUUCUCACACUGUUAGCUCACUGACUGAAUUAACUGUGAGCUGUAGGUUGGCUGGACUGUAGAGGUUGUUAACCCUACCCCAGCCGUCAGUGGGAAAAACGGCCAUAAUCGUUAAACAGCCAUAAUCUUUAACCUUUUUCUCUAAUUCAGGAAUUAAUAAUCUGUUUAUUUGUCCGAGCUCAUUCUGAAGUGUUACUCGUACUGCUGUAUUGAAGCCACUGUGUCAUAUCAGAUCAGCAGAUCAACACUGAUGACAGUCUACGCAGACUGCGUUACUGUUAUGUUUGAUUUAUUUGGGUUGUAUUUAACAAUAAGGUCGAAGAAAGUGAUCUUAUAGGUUAUUUCGAGGGUGACUUGAAAAGUCUUCGGAUGAUCAUUGUUAUUUUUAAAUGAAUAAAAAUACAAGUGACGUUCUCGUUUAGUUUUUGUUCACUCCUGUGCACGCCGUUGGACAUGUUUGGGAAUAUCUGCUGGUUGUCAUCACGCAAUAAAUGACUAAUGUCUUGUUGGUAACGAGAACCAGCUGAGCACGUUUGAUGACAAAAUGAACUCUUUAGAGAAACAAGCCCUGUUUUCACACAGCACCGUGACUACAAACUAAGUAGACAGACAUCACAGAGGGACAACAGGCUUCUCAGGCAGGAACGAGUGUCAGUGUCAAAGUCUGUUUGUGUUAGUUUGCUCAGGUGGGACAAUGGACACAGAGGUCAGAGACACAAAUCGCCACACAGAGAGGGCUGGACAGUGCAAAAAUGUUUGUUUUUGUGUUUUAUCAUAAGAAACUCUUCUGUUUGAAUGAAUUAGUAAACGUUUAUUGAGAACUUUAACACAUGUUGAACAGUUGACUGCAUUGUUAGGUAGCUGUGUGUAGCUGUGAGGUCUUCAAUCACACUCACACACUUUCUUUAACAUUCACCUUAACUGAACCAGUGAUAAAGGGACAUUUCACCUUCAGUUGACGGUGAUUAAUUUAUUGAUCAAGUUAUUUGCUUUUGAAGUGUUGGUUUGCUGCUCAGAAAAAGGUGUAUUGAUUGCUCAUAGUGUUAUGAGACAACACAUGUAUAUGCUUUAGCUAUUGAAAAACAUCUGUAACAGACUCCUGUCACAAACUGAAUAUACAUUUCAUGUCCCAGUCUGUACACAGCUAACAUUUCCAGCACAGUUUGUGCUUUUGACUACACCUCCAGUGUACACAUGUUGUUGCUGCUGCUGCUAUGCCAUACUGCUCUAUUCUACAUAAAACUAACAUAACGGUUAAAGAUCGACAUAUAAAUAAAAGUACAUAUCAAAAAAAGAUGCCUGCACAGAUUCUUUGUGUUAUGCACGUCUGUUUGCAGCGAGCUGGUUUACUGCAAAUCACCAGCAGAGGGCAACAUUGUCUAAUGUUUAGCGCUAAGAACAACAGCUCAACCCACCAAAUGGCUUAAAUGGCUUUUCAGUCAUUAAUUACUCAAAAUUUAGCAAUGGUGGAAAGUAAU